AUGUCACUGACAAACCCUUCCCGGCGAGUGACGCGCAGUCAAAGUCGAGAACUUGAAGAUAUCAGCAAUAUCAAGCAAUCAUCUCUCCUAAAAAAUGAGCGAAGGGCCCCUCCAAGCCGAGCCCAAUUCAAAACCACAUUUGGAUAUCUGACGGGAACAGAUCUCUCUCCGGUUGUCGAAAGGUCUCCUGUAAGGACUCCCCAGGCUGUGGCAUCGCAGUUGAGCGCUUCCAUCGUGCCAGACACACCAGCUCGCGAUGAGGGCCAUACCAACUUCUCUGGUACCACUUUCCUAGCACAAGAUCAGGACAAUGGCCCCGAUUCAGCGCGCUCUGCAGGUGCACGGAUCGAUGCCAUGGAGCUGGCCGACGAGCUGCCCGAUCUUCAACAAGCAUCAAAUCGCUUGCUGGAGUUCUUCAACGUCAACUCGUCAAAGGCAGGACACAUCUGCAAGGCUGCUGAGCGCGUUGGGCAGCCAAUCCAUGAGGACCACGAGCGAUUCAAACGUGUUCACCGGAAACUAGCCGACAGCAUGAAAGUCUUCACCAAAGAGAGCUUUAUCGAUGUCGCAAGUAUCUCGCAACUGAUUCCAUCUGUCACUGUAGAAGGUACUUCUGGACCUUGGGAGGCUGCACCGUACAUUUACCGGGCAAAUUGUGCUUGGCUACUGUUGUCCAUUCUGUCUGUUGAAGUGAGUUCGAAGAGCCAGGCACGGUUGAUUGCAAACCUCAACGAGCACUUUCCACUACCGUUCAUGAGCCCACUUUUACAGAUCAGGCAAAAAUUUUCAAGUGAGAGCAGUGAAGAGCGACAGAUCACUAUUGAUUUGGCGGUGGAGAUUCGCACGCAGCAUCUGAUUGCAGAAAUAGAACGUCGGAAAGAUGAGAAGAAUUUCGACGCGCGUUCCGUCUUGAACGAGAUCUUCUAUCGUGUCCCAGCCUCCUCUCGAGCUUCAUCUACAGCACUCGUUGAGGAUGACCUCCGUGGCUUCAAUUUCCCUGAGGCAUUUGGGGAUGGGAAUGGUUCUCUGCCAGAGGAUUUACAAGAAAAAGUCGGCCUACGCGUGGAGGAACUUCUUCUUCGCGACACCGACGAGGGUUUUGAUUUGAACGAGCUGAAGACAUCCUUCAAGUGGUCUUUGUUUUGCUUGCGCGUGGUACGCUUUGUCCAGCGACGUGAGCAGGAAUUCAAAAUUGCCGUUGCUUCUUAUCCGAAUAUCGACGAGGUGCAUGGUCUGAUCAUAAAGGCGAUCAAGCGUCGUGCAAAUUCAAACGCGGUGGACACACCGAGCCGUUCAGUGCUUGACGACUCAGCUUUUGGCUCUCCCUCUGCCACACUCAACGACACUCCUUCAGAGCGUGCUCGACCUCGUGAGAUCGGCGAAAAAGGUCUUGUCAGCAGCAAUGCCACCACCCAGAACACUUUUCGGGAAACCCCGUUGCGUCCACCUGCAUCGCAGAUGAUGAACCCAAAGCCGGUAGUUUCGAGAACGAAUGACCCUCGCAGACGCAAAUCGACUAAAAACAUAUGGCGAAAUCGCGCGGGACUCGCAGAGCUCUCUUUUCUUACAGAGGCAUUCUCGUCGGGACGGCAUGGAGAAACAGGCUUGUUGCAGGCACGGUCGUCUCGGCUUGAAGAAACAGAACGCUCUGUGCUGCCGGCAUCACCUGGAGGCUUAGGCAUCACUGCUGAUAGAGACGAAAUUGCUGGGACUCCGGAGCCAGAGCAAGGGCAAGAGCCAGAGUCAGCUUCUCCCCAGCCUGAUUUGUCUCAAAGGCCUGUUUCGGCCUCCUCCUCGAGAGAAGACCACUCACUACAGCGGAGCGAGUUUGACUUUGAAGUCACUCAGCCCCAUGAAGCGGAUAUGUCUGCUAGUCCUCGCGGCUCGGAGCGCAUCAAAAGGAUCAGCCAUCGUCCUCGUCCAUUCUUUGCAUCUCCCACAAUCGCUCGGGAAAGGCAGGUACGGCAAGGUCGUUCAUUGUUGGAUCCUCAGCCCACCGCAUCGAAGAUUUAUUUUUCGCCUGGUGAUUCCGACGAGCCUCAUCGUGGGGCACGGCAUCGCGAGCCUUCGAAACAACCAGCCACCCAGAUUCUGCCUGCGAGUCAAGCGGUCUCGCGUAAGCGGGGACGGGGAGACUCUGACGACGAUUCUACAGGAGACGAUGACGACCGGUUUUUCGAUCGGGAUACCCGAACUCAUGAUGUCCUUGCACGCAGAGCCCAAAUGCCAGCACGAGUUCAACACAGCGACAAACGACAGCGAACCAAUGUGGAGCCCCAGGGGGAAUCGAUUGAGCUGAUUGAGGCGCCGACGAUGGCAACUCAGCAAUCACAACGAUCACGGGAUGUCAGUGAAGAGAAUCCCUCUCCUCAACAACCCCGACAGGAGUCGCGUUGGCGAGCCGAGAAUUCUGUCUCUGGAGGGUCCUCGUCAUCCAGGCCAAUUGCUCCCUUUGUAGGUGGACGGAGAUGGUCGCAAGAGGAAGACGAUCGACUUCUCAUGCUGAUAGCGAGAUAUGGUACUAAAUGGGCGACGAUUGAGCGGCAAGAUCAGAUCUGCCCUCCGUGUGACGGCGGGCCGAAACUUGAAAGGCGUACUCAGAUCAAUAUGAAAGAUCGUGCGCGCACCUUGAAGCUCAAAUAUAAAAGGUACGAGUUGCAUGCAAGAUCUGUUUUGAGGGGCUGGCACUAA